AUGUCUUCCGAGCGCGGGUCCGACAUCGAGAAGGACCAGGACGGGCAGAAGGACGUGAUCAUUACCUCGGUACAAGGAGUCGAUGCAGCUGCCUUGGCGACAGCGGCCGUCGCAGGACAAGCUAUCGACCCGGCAAAGGCUCGUCGCCUCGUUCGCAAGAUUGACCUGAACAUCCUGCCACUCAUGUGUCUGGUUUACCUAAUCCAGUUCCUCGACAAGACGAGCUUGUCGUAUGCGAGCAUCAUGGGCAUUCGCAAGGACAACCACCUCACCCUCGGACAGUACUCGUGGUUGUCGAGUAUCUUUAACCUCGCCUUCCUCGUCGGUGAAUGGCCGACCAACUACGCUCUCCAGCGCCUUCCCCUCGCCAAGUGGACCUCAAUCAACGUCAUCCUGUGGGGUGCUGUCCUUGCUUGCACUGCUGCGACCAAGGACUUCUCCGGUUUGAUGGCCGUUCGCUUCUUCCUCGGCCUCCUCGAGUCGUGCGUUACGCCUGCAUUCUCCUUGAUCACCAGUCAAUGGUACAAGAAGCACGAGCAAGGCACUCGAACGGGCAUCUGGUUCAGCAUGAACGCCCUCGCUCAAAUUUUCGGCGCCGUCCUCGCUUGGGGCUUCGCUAAGCACGACAUGGCGGGCGACUUCGGCAUUCCCGGCUGGAAAGUCCUCUUCCUCUUCCUCGGCGGCAUCACGAUGGCCCUCGGCGUCCUCCUUCUCAUCUUCCUCCCCGACUCGCCGCUCAACGCUCGCUUCCUCUCCAAGGAAGAGCGCGUCCUCGCCGUCGAACGCAUCCGAUCAAACAACAGCGGCAUCGGUAACAAGAAGUACAAGUGGUACCAGGUCCGCGAGGCGCUCCUCGACCCGCUCACCUGGCUCUACUGCCUCUACGCCGGCGCAAUCAACACUCUGAAUGGCGGCAUCACCUCAUUCUUCAGCAUCCUCAUUUCGAGCCUCGGCUUUAACGUGCUCGACUCUCUCCUGUACGGCGCUCCCGGCGGAGCGGUCGUCGUCAUCGCCGUCCUCUUUUUCCUCUGGCUCGGCGACCGCAUCAAGAUGCGCUGCCUUUGCGGCAUGAUUCCCCUCACAAUCGGGCUCGUCGGCGUUCUCCUCAUCUGGCUGUUGCCCUUCCACUACAAGGUCGGACGACUGAUCGGCUACUACAUCUCCGGCAUCGCUUCGGUCGGAUUCAUCGUUGUGCUGUCGUUGAUCGGCUCCAACAUUGCUGGAUCGACGAAGAAGUCGACUGUGCUGGCGCUCUUCAUGAUUUUCUACAGUGUCGGCAACCUGUGCGGACCCCAGACUUGGAGGGCGAAGGACGCGCCGCGGUACGCUCCUGCACUCGCCACAGCCGCCGCCGUCAUCUCGUUCGGAAUCCUCGACCUCGGCCUCAUCUGGUUCCUCAACGCGCGCGAGAACCGGCGGAGGGACAGGAUCAUGUCAGCGCCGGACUAUGUCAAGCAGGAGAACAUCGAGUUCCUCGACAAGACCGACAGGGAGAACGUCGCCUUCCGCUACGUCUGCUGA